AUGGCGUUGAUUAUCAACAAGAUGAUUGGAACUGGAAUAUUCAGUACUCCGUCGCUUAUCCUCUCGCUUUCAGGUUCGAUUGGCCUAUCGCUUGUACUGUGGGUCAUUGGUGCACUCGUGACGUUUUCUGGCCUGAGCGUGUACUUGGAAUUUGGGUUGGCCAUGCCAGUUAACGGUGGUGAGAAGAACUAUCUGCAGCGGGUAUACAGAUCACCAAGGGGUUUGGUUGAAAGCAUAUACGCUUUCCAAAUUGUACUCUUGGGGUUCAGCUCGGGUAACUCAUAUGCCUUCGGAAGAUAUCUGUUAUUUGCGCUGGGGAAACAUGAAGUGUCUGAGUGGUUGAACAGAUUGGUUGGCUGUGCAGUCAUCACCGUUGUUAUCUGGUUGCACAUCCGCCAUCCAUACCAUGGAACCAGGGUAUUCACGGUCCUGGGGUUCAUCAAAGUGAUGAUACUGCUCCUGGUAGUGAUGCUGGGCCUGCUCGUACUCACUGGGUUCAUCACACUUGAAGAUACGGCACCGAAUGACAACUUCAAGGAUAUCUGGUCCGGCUCAAUGACCAAUAACGGCUAUAACGUCUCGGUCGCUCUACUCCAAGUGAUUUACUCCUUUAAAGGCUGGGAAAAUGCUAACUACGUUCUCUCUGAGAUCAAGGACCCACACCGUACCUUGAAGAUUGCAGCACCAUUAUCCGUGGCAAUCGCUGCGCUGUUCUAUCUCUUGGUGAUUCUAUCGUACUAUUUGGUUAUACCAUCCCAAGAAAUCAAGGAUUCCGGUGUUUUAAUCGCAGGUAUCUACUUCAGAAAGAUCUUUGGUGAUACCUUCUCCUCCAGGGUCUUGCCCUUAUUCAUCUCAAUAUCAAACCUCGGAAACGUCCUAGCGGUAUCGUUUAGCCACGCAAGAAUCAACAGGGAGCUGGCGUUGGAGAACUUGAUACCCUUUGCCAAGUGCUUCUCCAAUCUUAAUUAUUCACUGCUGCUACACUGGGCCGUUACCGUCAUCGUGCUUGUUGUGCCACCAAAUGGUGAUAUCUACCAGCUGGUCAUUAACCUGUACUCCUACCCAGGGACGUGGAUAAACGCGCUUGUUGCUGGCGGCUUGAUCUACUUACACUUUAACAGGGAAAAGGAGCACUGGGGGAACACCGACUGGAGAUCUCACUGGACUGUAUGUCUGGUCUUCCUCGUGAGCAACCUCUUCCUCGCGCUAUUCCCCUUCGUGCCUCCACCACAGAGCUAUGACUCCGGGUCAUAUCCAUACUACCUCUUCCCUGUCACAGGGUGCUCUGUGCUGCUCAUGGGUGCUCUCUACUGGUGUGCCAUGCACAGAUUGUCUGUAUAA